AGAGCAUCGUUCGAUCCAGAACGUGAGCGACAGAGUCACUGAACACAAAAUACUCCUCCUCCUAGCGCUACUGUCAUUCAGCACCAUGAUACUGUCGAGUGUGGUCGUGUUCGUCGCGCUGGCUUUUGCCACAGCCACUGAAGUACAACAGUGCGUCGAUGGUCCUGAGCAUGUAAUAGAAAGCGUGGUAGAAAUUCGACCCUGCAAGAAGUUGCCGUGCAAACUAAAGAAGGGAACAGAGCAGUUCAUCACCAUUGAGUUUACACCAGAUACUGACUUCGACGAAAUAAAGAACAGAGUGUCAGCCAAUGUGUUCGGAGUGAAAGUGCCUUUUAUCGGAGUGGACGGUAACUCCAUAUGUAGUAAAAUAUUCACGGCAAGUGACGAGAAAGCGGAUUGCCCUCUUAAAGCCGGCACGAAGUAUGUGUAUAAAGAUUCCUUCCCCAUCCUCGGCAUCUAUCCCACGAUACCUGUUCAAGUUCACUGGGCCUUGGAGGCUAGUGAAAAGAAAUUUAUUUGUUUUGAAGUACCCGCCAGAAUCGUUCAAUAGUAAACAAUUAUAAAUGGAAUAAGAUUUCUACUUUAUACUUAAAUUUAUUUUAAAACAGUUGUCUUAUAACUAGUUAUAAAUUUUAGGUAUUUAUAAAUGACUGGAAAAGUGAUGUUAAUUAAAAUAAUCUCAAUAGUACAUCCAUUUAUAUUAAAUCAAUUUAACUAUAUUUAACUUGUAAGGUUUGAAAUAAGAAAAAAAAUGUUACGCGUACAGGGAGCAUUUGUAUUUAGAUAAAUAUUGAAAGAAUAAAAACAUUUUUUACUAU